AGGAGUCUGUGUCAAGAGCUGGGAGGUCAGUAGCAGCCUUUAGGAAGCACCAUGAACAUAGGAAUAUUCAUACAGCAUACACAUAUCCGUAACAGCAGCAGCUUCCCCGUGCCAAGGGCUCAGCUGGAAUGAAGACUGCUCCUCAGUGCUGGGGUGUCCUCUCCCCUGCUCUCUUGUGCGACUGAGCUGAUAAUGCGCUAUCAGAGCUAGCAGGACACUAUAUAGAGGGUGUCCCUUCUCCACCCUCACUAAGCCUGCAACUGCAUGCUCUUUUUGGAUCAUCUCAUUGUUUUCACCGGUGUGGCUUCUUUUUGGUUUGCUGUCACCAGAAGGAGUUCCCUGAGAUUUUCCCCCAAAGGACCCCAUACUCCACCCGUAGGACGGCACCAUAAACAGGUCUCAGCACAGCCUGGAUAUCAAGUUCAUAACCAGCUAGCUAACUCUUUACAGCGGUUAGUUCAACAGGAAUUAAUGGUCUGGAAAAACCCAGCUGGUCUGAGCCGGAGGCAUUCAGAAUUUUAAGGUUUCUGCUUUGUGCUCCAAACCUGUUGUGAAGAAUGAAUGGCCCAGCAGAUCCCUCAAGCCUGCUCUUCAAUUGCUCAAACCAAUCAAAUUUCUUUUUGAAAACUUCAGAGCAAUGUGGCAAAGAAACACACCUGGAAAACAUCCUUUUUGCCACUUUCUAUUUCCUGGACUUCAUCCUGGCCUUUGCUGGCAAUGCCCUAGCUCUUUGGCUCUUCAUUCGGGACCAAAAGUCAGGCACACCUGCCAACAUUUUCCUGAUGCAUCUUGCUGUAGCUGACCUGUCCUUUGUGCUGGUACUUCCCACCCGGUUGGUAUAUCAUUUUUCUGGUAAUCAUUGGCCAUUUGGUGAGAUCCCAUGCAGACUCACAGGUUUUCUUUUUUACCUCAACAUGUAUGCCAGUAUCUACUUCCUUAUGUGUAUCAGUGUAGACCGUUUCCUAGCCAUCGUGCACCCUGUGAAGUCUAUGAAGCUCCGCAGGUCCCUCUACGCCCAUUUGGCGUGUGCCUUUCUAUGGGUUAUAGUUGCUGUUGCAAUGGCACCCCUGCUGAUCAGCGUGCAGACGGCAGAGGUGAACAACACAACAGUCUGCCUGCAGCUCUACAGAGAAAAGGCAUCACGUCAUGCUCUUGUGUCCCUAGCAGUGGCAUUCACCUUCCCAUUUGUUACUACAGUGACUUGUUACUUAUUAAUCAUCCGAAGCCUGAGGAGUGGGAACAGAGUCGAGAAACACCUAAAGGAAAAAGCAAUCAAAAUGAUCAUCAUGGUCCUAGUCAUCUUUCUGAUCUGCUUUGUACCUUAUCACGUCAAUCGCUACAUUUAUAUUCUCCAUUAUGACGGGACCAAGACUUCCUGUGAAACACAGCGUGUUCUAGCACUCGGUAACCGCAUUACUUCCUGCCUCACCAGUCUAAAUGGUGCCCUCGACCCAGUCAUGUAUUUUUUUGUAGCAGAGAAAUUCCGUGACGCUUUGUGCAAUCUGUUUUGUGGUAAAAGGACUGUAAUGUUGCCUCAAACUUACGAGGGUAAGACAAAUGAAAGCUCACUAAGUGCCAAAUCUGAACUGUGAACAUAAUUCUUGCCACCACUUCCACAUAAGAACACUAUUCCACCAAAACCAGCCAAGAGAGCAGGCAUGCAGCUAUACAGACAGGAGACAGCCCACCCAGAGUCAAACUCAUUCCUGAGGAGGGAAGUUCUGUCAUUUUGGAGGGACUACAAUUAGGAAGAAUGCCUCUGACAACAGAGAUCACAUGUUCUUGUCCUACUGAAGCUGCAAACAGAAGUACAAUAAUAGCCCAACUGAUUUUAAAGAUGUGACACUGACGGCUGGAUACUGAAGAACUGGGAAGGGAACAAAGAAGCACUUAAAUGGACAUCUUGUUCUUAGAGAUAAAAUUCACCCCCUAAAAUUAUUCAGUAAUGUGUCUGCUUCUGCAUAAAGCAUACAGCCUACUUUAAAAUUUUGUAUCAUGCCAGCAGUAGAGAUCCAUUCCUGCGGUAGACCUGCCUGAACAGACAGUAUAGUAGUACCUCUAGUUCAGUUCAGCAAAUUCAAAGUGCAGCAGACAGGAUAUUGGUGCUAAAUUGUGGCAGAAAAAAAAAAGAAAAAAAAAAAAAAAGAAAGAAAAA